AUGUGGGUGCUCCUCUCGGCGGGCGAGACCGCGAAAGCGCCAGGACAGGCGCCGCUCGAGACGGUGUGCGACUUCGCGGGCCGCCAGAUCUGGCACUAUGACGAGUCUGUGGGGACGGACGCGGACCGCGAGGCCGUGGAGGAGAAGCGGCGGCACUUCGUCGCCAACAAGCAGAGCCAGAAGCACUCGGGGGACGAGCUGCUGCGGCUGCAGAUGGCGCGGCGCGGGCUGCUGAAGCACCAGGGCGUGGACCACUCCGACGUCCGGCCGGGCGCGGCGCCGACGGACGCGCAGGUGCGGCGGUCGAUCCUCGCGGGCGGGCGCUUCCACGAGGGGCUGCAGCAGGACGACGGGCACUGGCCGGCUGACUACGGCGGGCCGAUGUUCCUGAUGCCGGGCCUGGUGAUCGCGGUGUACGUGACGGGCACGAUGGACGAGGUGCUCACGCCGCAGCACAAGGCGGAGAUGAUUCGCUACCUGCGCAACCACCAGAACGAAAGGGACGGCGGGUGGGGGCUGCACAUCGAGGGGCACUCGACGAUGUUCGGGACCGCGCUGAACUACGUCGCGCUGCGGCUCCUGGGCGUGCCGGCGAUGGAGCUGCGCAUGGUGCGCGCGCGCGAGUGGAUCCUGGCGCACGGCGGCGCCACGCACAUCACGUCGUGGGGCAAGUUCUGGCUGUCGGUGCUGGGCUGCUACGACUGGAUGGGGCAGAACCCGCUCCCGCCGGAGAUGUGGCUCCUGCCCUACUCGAAGUGGACGGGAAUCGGGUACUUCCACCCGGGGCGCUUCUGGUGCCACUGCCGCAUGGUGUACCUGCCGAUGUGCUACAUCUACGCGAAGCGCGCGACGGGCCCGCUGACGGACGUGGUGCUGUCGCUGCGCAAGGAGCUCUUCGUCGAGCCGUACGAGCGCGUGGACUGGAACGCCGCGCGGAACAAGUGCGCGGCCGAGGACCUGUACUACCCGCACCCGGCGGUGCAGGACGCGCUGUGGUGGGCGCUGUACAAGUGCGAGAACGUGCUCCCCGGCACGUGGCUCCGGGAGCGCGCGAUGCGCGAGGUGAUGAAGCACGUGCACUACGAGGACCGCAACACCCGCUACAUCGACAUCGGGCCCGUGAACAAGGUCAUCAACAUGCUCUGCUGCUACUUCGAGGGCGGGCCGGACUGCGAGGCCUUCCGGAAGCACCUCCCGCGCCUGCACGACUACCUCUGGGUCGCGGAGGACGGCAUGAAGAUGCAGGGGUACAACGGCGUGCAGCUCUGGGACACGGCCUUCAGCGUGCAGGCCUACGCGGCCGCCGGCGCCGACCUCCUCCCGCACUUCCACGCGUGCCUGCGGAAGGCCAACGCGUACAUCGAGCGCGCGCAGGUCAUGAAGGAGGCGGAGGGGGACCUGGACGAGUACUACCGCCACCGCUCGCGCGGCGCGUGGCCCUUCUCGACGUCGGACCACGGCUGGCCGAUCAGCGACUGCUCGUCCGAGGGCCUCAAGGCCUCGCUGAUGCUGAUGAACCUCCCGGAGAGCGCCGUGGGGCGGCACAUCUCGGAGGAGCGCCUGCGGCUGUGCGGCGACGUGAUCCUGUCGUACCAGAACCAGGGCAAGGGCUGGGCGUCGUACGAGAACACGCGGUCGUUCGAGUUCCUCGAGCUGCUCAACCCCGCGGAGACGUUCGGCGACAUCAUCGUGGACUACAGCUACGUGGAGUGCUCGUCGGCGUGCAUGACCGCGCUGUCCAUGCUGGCGGCGCGCUUCCCGGACUACCGGCCGCGCGACGUGAAGAGCGCGCUCAAGCAGGGGCGCGACUUCAUCUGCCGCGAGCAGCGCGAGGACGGGUCGUGGUACGGGUCGUGGGCCGUGUGCUUCACGUACGCGAGCUGGUUCGGGUGCAAGGCGCUCGCGGCCGUCGGGGACACGCUCGAGGGCAGCGCGGUGCUGCGGAAGGCGUGCGAGUUCCUCGUGUCGAAGCAGCGGGAGAACGGCGGGUGGGGGGAGUCGUACCUGUCGUGUCAGGACAAGGUGUACACGCACCUCCCGGACGGCGCGUCGCACGUGGUCAACACGUCGUGGGCCAUGCUGGCCCUUCUCGCAGCGGGGUACCACGAGAAGGACCGCGCCGUGCUCGACCGCGCCGCGGCGUACCUGCUCAAGGCGCAGGACGCUGAUGGCGGGUGGCCCCAGCAGCAGAUCAGCGGCGUCUUCAACCGCAACGCCAUGAUCAGCUACUCGACCUACCGGUACUAUUUCCCGAUCUGGGCGCUCGGGGAGUACCGCACCAAGGUCCUCGGUGCCGGCAAGUGA